AUGAAAUUCGUUUUAUUGAUAUUGUAUACGAUUUCUUUUUAGGGUAUACUUGGUGAAACAGUUAAUGAGAAGAACAAAUGCGAAUGUAGCAAGUUAUAUACAAUUGAGGAGUGUAAUAUAAAUUGCGAAUGGAAUUAAGUAGCAGGAGAGUGUAGCAAUCAGACUCUUCCGUUAAUAAGGAAGAGUUAUUGUUCGUAUCAGAAGGAUAAUUGCAAUAAAACUAUUGGUUGUGCUAACUAUAAUGGAAUUUGUGUUCCGUUCACUGGAUGCACGGCAAUCAAAUAAAAUACAAAUUAUGCAUGCUAACAAUAUUCAGAAAUAUGCAUAACUGAUGGUUCAAAAUGUGUAGAGAAAGGUGUUUGUGCGAAUUAUAAGACAAGAUUCUCCUGUCGCAACAAUUAUGUUAAUUAUGAAUGGCAAGGAUUUUGUUUUUGGGACAAAAAAGAAUGCAGGGAUGCAUUAGCUUGUAAUGAGUUAUCAUAUAGUUUGAAAAACGAUGCAGAGUGUAGAAAAUAAUUAAGUUGGUGUACAUUCAAAUUGGGAGGUGGUUGUGAAGAUUCAGGAGAAUUAUGCAAAGAUCAAAAAUUUUAAUAGCAGUGUGUUACUAAUAGAAAGGGGGAUGUGAAGUGUUAUUGGGAUGGCUAAGCCUGUUUUGAUUUCAGUUGUAAAUAUAUAACAAAAGAUUGUGUUAAAAAUGGAUGUUCUAUGGACAAGGAUUCAAAAUGCAUUGACAGAUUGGAAUGUUCUGAAUAUACUAUUGAGCAGUCAUGCACUUAUAAUAAGUCUAACGUUUAAUGCAUGUGGGAAAACAAAUCAUGUUAAAUUAAAUCAUGUGAGAAUGCUAGUCUAACUAGACAAUCUAAUUAAGCUUGUUAGGAGAUAAAUUCAAACUGUAUUACUCAAUUUGGAGGGGGAUGCAAGGUCAAUGGAGAAUGUGAUUAGGCUAAUAACAAAAUAGGAUGCUAGUAAAAUGUCAGAGGCGAAAAUUGUUAUUGGAAUGGAUAUUAAUGUGUAUUAAAGCAAUGUCAAUGGGCACCUGCUAGUUUUAGGACUGCAACACUUUGUAAGAAUUUCUAGUCUAAUUGUGUGUAUAAUGGUAAAGUAUGCAUUGAAGAUGGAUGUUAUGCAUAAUAGACUCAAUCAACUUGCUAGGUUAAUCGACAAUGCUAAUGGUAAAGUAAAUGCGAUGUAAAAACUUGUGAGACUGCUGGGAGAGAUAUAAACUAUACUAGUCACUUGGAUUGUUGGAAUUAUAUGACUACUUGUACUUUGAAUGAUUAGGGAAUGGGAUGUAUGAUGAUCAAAUACUCAUGCAAUCAAUAUACUAGAGAAAUUCAAUGUUACUAAUCUACGUAAAGUAAAUGCUCUUGGUAUAAGAAUUAGUGUUUAGACAGCAAAUGUGAGUACUUAAACUAUACUACACAUUACGAGUGCAAUAACUAUCUGAGCAGCUGCACAACUGAUGGUACAACAUGCAUAUAUCUUAAAUCACUAUGCAAAUUAUACACUUCAGAAAAGUCAUGUACAAUUAAUUCUCAAAAUCAACCAUGUAUUUGGUAAAAUGCUAAAUGUGCGGAAAUUGCAUGUGAUCUUAUUCCAAAAACAGAAGAUUUUAAUACUCAUUCGGAGUGCAAUCUAUAUCAACCAUAUUGUACUGUAUUGGAGUAAAUUACUGGGUGUAUUGUAAGUCCAACUGAGUGUAGUUUAUUAAAUUAAAGUUAAUGUUAUGGAAGCAAGUGCAUUUAUUCGAAUGGAGUGUGUAGAGAUAAAUAAUGUCAAGAUUACAAAGGAGAUAUAACAUAAUCUAAUUGCGAAGCCUUUCUUGAAGGUAAGAAGUGCAUGAGAGGUCCAAAUUUGAUCCCCACUGGUUGUGUUGAUAAAGUAGAUUAAUGUACAAACAUUACCAACGAAUACUAAUGCAAUGAAGGCAAAGAUAAGAAUAAUAAUAAAUGCAGAUGGGUUUAUUCAUUUUGCAUAAAUUGGAAUCAAAAUGUAUUUAAGUAAGUAAAUAAUGAUUGUGUACCUUACCCUGCAACCAAAAUUCCUAAUAGUAGCUUCUGUAUUACAAAUAAGACAUGCCUUGAUGCAGGUAUAGCAACAGUUGAAUAUACAGAUGAAAUAUGCGAAAAUUAUCUUCUAUCUUGCAAAAAGAAUACAGUUAGUGCUUGUAUGGAUAAAGGUUUGACAUCAUUUCCAUCUUAAUGCAACUAUUAUGUUAGCAGAACGAAUUGUAUUACAUUAAGCAAUUGUUUCUGGUCAAAUUCAACUGGUUGUUAGGAAAUUAAAGGUGAGUGCAGUUCCAUCACUAAUUAAGAGGAUUGUGAUGGGAACAAAGAUAUUUCAGGAACAUUUUGUAAAUGGUAGACUGCGGGUAAUCUUUGUUAAAAUAUUUGUGAAACAUUGACUUCAAAGAAUCUAUAAUGCUCAACUCUGGAUUCAAAAUGUGUACUAAAUAGUAGUGAUACUACUAAGUGUAUUAAAAAGAAAGCGAACUGUUCUGAUUAUGCUUUAUAAUAGUCAGCAUGUGCAGAUGAUGACAGAUGCGUAUACAAUGUAGGUACAAAUCUGUGUGUAGAAAGGAAAUGUACUGACCUCACAGAUAAUUUGACACAUCUAUAAUGUAUUGCCUAUAAAUCAGAAUGCACUGUGGCUUAUCCUGGAGGUUGCUCAAAUUUAUAGCCAAAUUGUUCUAAUUAUUUGAAUUAAAGGUAAUGCAAUCUUAACGACAAAUCCAAAAUCUGUUAUUGGUAUUAAAAUAAAGGUUGUAGUGAUAAAAUAUGUUCAGAGAUUGUAUAUAAUCCAUUAUAACCAAAAACAUAGUGCUAAGCAUUUUUCAAUGAUUUGGUUUGUAAUCUCAAUAGUUCGGAGAAUGGUUGUGAAGACUUAAAAGAUUCAUGUUCCAAAUAUAAGAAUGAGAAAUAGUGUUUCAAAUAACUGGAUGGUUAUGAGUGCAUGUGGUUGGAGAAUACAUGCAUCGAGGCUAGUUGUGAAAAAACUAAACUCAGCAGUUAUUCACAUAUUGAUUGUAGUUAGCAAUAUACUAAAUUAAGAUGUACAGUAAAUGGAACAAAUGAUGGAUGCAUGGAUUAAUCAACAGAUUGUAAAAGAUACAAAACCUAGGAUCAGUGUAAGAAAACAAUGCUCAAUGAGGAUUGCAUUUGGAAUCAACUUUACUAAGAAUGCAAUUUCAAAUCUUGCAAGGAUGAAAUACCUGAAAACCAGAAGUGCUCUGAUUAUCUUUCCAUUUGUGUUGAGCCAAACUACACUUGCAGAAACUCUGUUUGUGAGGAUUAUCUCUAUGAUAAUGAUUAAGAUUGUAAGAUGAAGGAUUCUAAGUGCACAUCCAAUGGUAGAUUUUGUAUUUAAAGAGGAACUUGUGAGUAAAAUUUGUACUAAUAGGCAUGCAAUAUUGAUAUCAAUAACAAAUAUUGUGGUUGGAAUUCUGCAAAGAAAUAAUGCAGAUUUUUGUAAUGUCAAGAGGCUCCACUUGAAUUGAUCUAUACUCAAGAUUGUGAAAGUUAUUUUCCAAAUUAGAAUUGCAUUACUAAACUAGGAGGAGGAUGCACAAUAGCACGUAGUUGCCUUGAUUACACAACUCAAAGUUAGUGUGAUGAGAGUUCGCUCUUUGAAUGCAUUUGGGAAAAUCAGAAUUGUAGAUCUAAAAUCUGUAAAGAUUACAGAAGUGGAAAUCUUUUGGACUGUCGAUCUAAACUGUAGAAUUGUACCACUGAUGGUUCGACUUGUGUUGAAUUGAGAAAUUGUGCAUAAUUAUCCUAAGAGAAUUGCACAAUAGGAACAGAAGGAAACUGUUUAUAUUUGAAUGGCUAAUGUUUGCCAUAUUAAAAGUGUUAAUCAAUUUCCUAUACUUCUCAUUAAGAAUGCUUUGAUUCCUUGUAAAAUCAAUGCACCACAGAUGGAACCAAAUGUGUCCCCAUUACUUCUUGUGAUGAAUACAGUCUUAAAUUGUAAUGUAUAAAAGGACUAGAGGGAGAUUGUGCUUGGGAGAACAAUAAGUGUUCUAAAUUCUCAUCUUGUGAUAGUUACCAUUACAAAACUCAUCAGGAAUGCUAUUCAAUUAAUCAAAAUUGUACAACUGACACUGUCAGUUAAUGCAUUAAAUUAAUGGAAUGUUCAAAAUAUCCAUACGAGGAGAAUUGUAAAUUUGACCAGAGUGGCAUAGUCAAAUCAAAUGGUUUGGUAACCAAAUUAAAUACUUGUCUCUGGAAGGACAGAUAAUGUAGCAAUAUUACAUGUGUAGAUCUAUAUGGGACUGAUCAUUCGAGAUGCUAUCAAUAGUUAUCGACUUGCACUUCAGAUGGUGUAAAGUGUAUGAAUAUGGAAAAAGCAUGUUCAUCCUAUCUAAACUCUGUCUGCUCCUCAGCAUUCAGCCAAGAAGGUAAGUGUGCCUUGGUGGAUUCAAUAUGUACUGUAUUUGAUUGCUCAAGUGUAACCGUGGAGACUUAAUGCAAGGCUCUAAGCAAUUGUCAAUUCAUCAACAAACUAUGCCAGCCUUAUCGUAAAUGCCAAGAAUACACUACAGAAAAGGAUUGCACCAAAGGUACUGAUGGAUAGUGCUUGUUUAAGAACUCCAAAUGUUCGGCAAUGAGUAAUUGUAGUGACGCUAACUAAUAACAAUUUUGUGAUACCAAGAGUUGCUAUUGGAAUACAACUUCCUCUGCUUGUCAAUCUCACACAUGUUAAACUUAUGGACUUCAGAAUCCUUGUGGAUCCUUUUACAAUUUCUAGAAGACUCAACUUAUAUUCUGUGCUUACAGUAAUGCUGAUCAUGCAUGCAAAGACAUCAGUCCAACCAUCUUUGGUAGUGCUGAUUGUUACACAAAAUCUCUUGGGUAUUUCUCUAAUAGAAAUGACUCAUGCACAUCUUGUGUUUAUUAACCUCAAUCUAAUACUACGAUUCCAAACAACAAUGAAACUAAGAAUGACACUAAAAACAAUGAAAUAGGUGGAAUUUUGGUUCAUGUCAUAUUAAUUGGGUUAUUAAUUACCAUUUGA